AGCCCUCUGUGACGUGUAAGCAGCCGUUUUCCUACAGUGAAGGGCCAAGUGGGAUGGUGAAGUCCCAAACCAGCCGCCCCGCGCUAGCGGGAGCAGGGAGUACCAUGACCGAGGCAGUAGAUCCCGAUGGCGUUUCUAAAGAGGUAGUCCCUGAAUCGUCGGAAAAGUCUCAGGACUCACAAGUGAAGCAUCGCCGGCGGUCGGUGCUCAGAGUUUCCCAGCUCCUGCUGCGGGCCAUUGCCGCCCACAAAGGACUGACUCUCACAGCGCUCAAGAAGGAGUUUGGCAACGCUGGCUACCAAGUGCGCAGGAAAUGCAGCCGUCAUUCCGCCGAGGUGCCCAAGGCGGCGUCGGUGAGGGGCACCUUACUGCGGGUGAGCGGCAGCAAAGCCGAGGGUUACUUCAGAGUAUGGAAGAGCCUGAAGCCGAUCAAGAAACGUACUAAGAAAUCAUCUGCGGAGAUGGAGCAAGUGCACCAGAAGCCCUUCGAGUCCCUGUUUUCUCGCCGGUAUAGAAAACCUCCUGAUGAGGCUUCCCAACCCAACCCAGGGGACUCGUUCAAACCCGAAACGCCCGAGGGACCCGAGGGGCCCGAGACGCCCGAGACGCCCGACAUGUCCGAGACUCCUCACACAUCCGAGAAGAAAAUCUACGUGGAGCAAGUGAAUGAAAACCCUGAGGAUACGGACGAGGUCGCUCUGAGCUUGGUCCCUGGGUACUCCCUGAGCCAGAAGGCAUCUAAGAAAACGAGGGAAGAGAUGGGGCGUAAGGCGAAGCAGCAAAAGAUAAAGAAGAUGAAGGAGAAAUCGAAGAGCCAGAUGAGGUCGAAGGAAGGGUCAAAGAGGCCAAAGACAAAGAAAGAGAAGAAAAUGGGGAUUAAGGAGAACAAAAGAUCGAAGGUGAACGAAGACAAGAAAAUGAAGCCCAAGGAGAAGACAAAGGGGAAAGUGAGGGAGAAGAAGGUGGACCCCGGGAAGCGAGUGAAUCAUAAGCAAAGCCGCCAGAGCUAUGGCCAGGGAUACAACUCAAACCGAAAUCCCGCGUCGGCCAAGUCGAGCAAAAUCCAUGGAGGCCAUAUGAAGGCCCUGGAUCCGAGAGCAAGGCGACCCUACAAAGUUUCCCCCCGAAAGGACACCUCCCGAACAAAAAGCACCCAAAGGAUAGGUGGACAUCCUUAGUGUACGGAGAGGAAUCUAGAGCUCUUGAACUGGGCUCACGUUCCCACCCAGAGCUCCUCUCAGGACAAUCUAUGCACUCACUGAGUGAAAUGGACGGGAAGUAUUUGCUAU